AUGGAGAAUGAUAAUCAUUUUGAUGAAAAACCUUUACAUAGUGAAACAUUUACUAAACAAAGAUCAUUCCAUGGAAACAUUCCUAAAUAUCACCGUGAAAUCUGUAGGAAGACAUUCUCUCCAGAACACGGUGUUACCACGCAUAAAGAAAUACACAAGAGAGAAAGGCCCUAUCACUGUGAAAUUUGUGGAAAAUAUUUUGUCUGUAACAUUCACAAGACAAUACACACUGGGGAAAAGCCGUAUCGUUGUGACAUAUGCGGGAAAUCUUUCAUUGAAAAUUCAAAGCUUACUAUCCACAAACGUAGUCACACAGGAGAAAAACCCUAUCCCUGUAAAAUAUGCGGCAAAUCAUUUAUUACUAAUGGUCAUUUAAAAACACACAGAACGAUACACACUGGAGAACAACUUUAUCACUGUGAAAUCUGUGAGAAAUCUUUUGUCUCUUACAUUCAUAAAAGAAUUCAUACUGGAGAAAAACCUCACCACUGUGAAAUAUGUAGGAAACCGUUCUCUGGUAAUUCUCAUCUUGUAGUUCACAAACAGUGUCACACUGGCAAAAAAACCUUUCGACUCACAAUCAAAAUUAUCAUUUGCGAAGUUAAUUCACCAUUGAAAACACAAGUGUAA